AUCCCCUGGUGGCCAAUCUUCGUAUUACUUUUGUCAAUAUUUUUCCAAUAAUGUCAAAUAUUUCCAUGGGGCAAUAAAAAAGGCAUUUUACCCCGGAAAAUCCCUGUAAUUGUGUGAAAUUCAAGUGGAAAAGUGUGCAAGGAGGCGCAAAGGAGUUUUUUGUUGUGUGAAAAGUGAAAAUAGUGCAAUGGUUGCCGUGGAAAAGUUUACCUUUCAGAACAGUGUCUACAGUACGGCGAGAAUUCUUUCGCGACUUCCCAGUAUUCCCUGGUCCAGGGUUGAGGUGAUCUACCAGUACUGCCCACAGGAGAACAAUGUGGGUACCUUCUGUCUGGACAGUCGCAAUGAGGAUGCUGUCAUUGCUCUGGGGAUCUUCCUGUUGGAGAGUAAAUUUCAGCAUGAAGAGAUUAUUGUUCCGUACCUCAUAAAGCUUGCCAAGGGGCUCCCAAAGGCCGUAUGGGUGGACGAUGGCAUCCGGCGGGAUCAGCAGUAUCGCAUCCCAGCCACGGAGAAUUUCUCUUUCUGCCUCAAUACCCUCCUUACGGAUAUCUCCGUGAGGUGUAUUAAGUACAGGGAGGAAAUUCUCGCCACACAAAUUGACGUUCUCAAUCUCCUGGCCAAUAUAAUCAAGUCCAAAGUUGCUAUGCCCCCCAUGAUCCUCUGCAAGGCCACAGUGCCCCUCUUUCUCGGUCUUGCACGUUCAAUGGGACGUUUCACCACCACCGAUCCCCCUCUACUUUGCCGUCUCUUCCCCAAACCCACAACAGGGGGCGAGAAGAAAACUCCCGGAAAGGGUCAAAUGUCACAAUCCCCCUCGCUAAAUCUUGAGGUCGUGAAGAAGAAAGUCUUCUCGCAGUAUUUGCACAAAUACUACAUUCCCUACAAUGCCAAUGCGCUGUAUUUCUCCAAGUACGGGUCAAGCUUUCAAUUUCCCGUGGAGAAGGAUGAGAAAAAGCGCGAGAAGGUGGAAGAGUGCACCAUUCAAUUCCCCGUGCAGCAUCUUCAGACAAUCUUUGCCAUCUCCAAGAAAAUGCUCGCAAAGGAAGUUCUCGCAUAUCUCGAUGAGCAAGCAGGGGAUGUGUAUGAGCUCAGACACCAUGGCAGGUACUAUGGGUAUCAAUCAUUCUCGGAAACAAUUAAUCUUGUCAUUGUGACCCUUCUGCGGGAACUUCUUCAAACACAAAAUGACCUUCCGGCACCCUUUACGCGUGAUGUGCAGGAAUUCGUGAAGGAUUUAUUCCUCAACGGGAACACUCAGCUACAGAAUCGCCAAUUUGACGACACUGAAGCUAAAUGGCGCUCAACCAAUGCCCACCAUGUCAAUAAAUACAAAUUAAAUGUCCUCGCCAAUGCUGCAUGUGUGGACCUGCUCGUGUGGGCAGUUGCCGAUGAAACGGGGGCUGAUAAACUCUGUGGACGUCUCUACCAGAAACUGAACUCCGUCCUAAAUCACAAACUCGUAAUGGAUCACAUGCCAUUGCUCAUGGUUUGUCUCGAAGGCCUGGGGAAGUUGGCACAAAAGUGUCCAAAUAUCGCCGGAACUUCCGUUUCCUACCUUCGUGACUUCCUCGUCAAUCCAAGUCCCAUCCUGGCCAAUCUCUACGCUUUCACGUGUGCCCAACAGAAGAAGGACAAAGAAAUCCCCUUCACAUUGAUUGUGCAGAAUCCUGAAGCUCAAGCACUGAGCUACCAAUCAACGAAACCGCUGCAAAUGACACGAGCAGCUCAGGUGGCAUUUGAAUCCCUCCGAAAUGCAGCCAUUGAGAAUCUUAGUAAAGCACUGCGGGCAGCGCAUCUAAUGGAUCCCUACUGUGUCCCAGCACUCGUGGCAAAUGUUUCAAAUCGACUUUUUACAGCUGAGAAGCAGGGAAAUGAUUCCAAGGAUUUCUCUUCAAUUGUCUCGCUAAAUAUAAUCGUAAUGCUGGGUCAAGUGGCUGUUACACUGAAGGAUACACCAAAGACAACCCAUAGUAUUCUCCAGUUCUUCAUUCAACGCUUCUGCAAAGUUCCUUCGGAGCAGAAUGUGCUGAUUGUUGAGCAACUUGGCUGUAUGAUUGUGUCAAAGUGCGAACCAGCAAUUUUCGAUGAGAUCAUGAAGAUGUUCUCCCGCGUAACGGUUCAGUCUGCUUCGUUGGCGUAUACAACGAAUCCAGAACUACGUCGGCAGUACCAUAAUGUUUCGGAUGCCAUUGUUAAUGCUCUCGGGAUGAUUGCGGCCAAUAUUGAGGGUGAGCUGGAGAUGUUGGAUCUUCUGGGGAAGUUGUUGGAGCUGUUUGUGCAGAUUGGCUUAGAAGGUGAGCGGAGCUACGACAAUACGCCCGGUGUGCAGAAGGCCAGUUCAAGUGCGGGGAAUUUAGGGAUGCUAAUACCCGUGAUUGCUGUCCUUGUUGAUCGCCUGCCACCUAUAAGGAAUCCUAAGCAGCGUCUGCAUAAGUUAUUCAAGGACUUCUGGCUCUACUGCGUCGUGAUGGGCUUCACAAAUUCCCGCCUCUGGCCAUCGGAAUGGUGCCAUGGGGUGCAGAGAAUUGCCGCCAAGUCACCGCUUCUCAUCUCCCAGACAGCCUAUAGAUCAGAGAUGCGUGAACUGAAUUACACGUCAGCCGUCAAGUCGGACAGUGUCAGCCUCAAUGAGCUCCGGAGUCAGAUACUCCUACUUCUUGAACAUCCCACCGACGUAGCGGCGGUGAUUCACAAACUAACCUUCGCCCAGUGCACGUACCUUCUCAGUGUGUACUGGCUUGAGACGUUGCGCAUUGAGAAUGCCAAGGAACCGAGUUUAGAGCUAAUUUUCAGCUAUCUCUGCGAUUUGGCGCUGCAAAAGGAUAAAUCUGGCAUUUGGCAAUGUAUUAAAUGCAUUGGUGAUCAGGUGUUUGAGAAGUUCUGCAAUGUUCUCCUCCUACAGGACAGUCUUCGUGAGAAUGUUCUUGAGAGUCAGGCCAUCCUCCUUUUGGUCUACUUCAAUCACACUCAUAAACAAAUUCAAGUGGUUGCUGAUCAGUAUUUGUCCCAAUUUGUGGAUAAAUUCCCAGAUUUGCUGUGGAAUCGACGAUUUCUCUGGUGCAUGUUGGAUAUUCUGCAGCUCUUGUCGUUUUCGCUUUCCCUCAAUCCGAAUGAGGAGAGUCCUAGCUUGAAGGUGCACGGAACACCCUACACGCUGCAACUGAUGGACAGCCUUCCGGCUAGGGAGGGACGUGUCAAGGAUUUCGCGCACAGAUGCCAGGGGAUCUUCAGUGAGGCCAUGAAGUGGGCCCCUAAACUCAUUAGGAGUCAUCUUCAGGAGUACCCGAAUCACCUGAACAUCUCCUCCCUCAGCAAUCACUGUGGUCUUGCGCUGGCUUUUGAGUCUGUUCUCCAGACAACAAUUGCCAAUUCUCCCGGCAAUACUGCCGUUGCGGUCAACAAUAAGAGGUACAACAACCCAAGUACGAACGAUACGUCCCAGUUUGUCUCGGUCCUGUGUCUCCGGAGUAAGUAUGCUGGUGAGAUUUCGGGACUCCUGUCUGUUCUCAAUGAUGAAGAGAAGCUGGGUCUUGCUGAUCGGCUGAUUAAGGAUGUGUGGGAUGCGUGCAAGGAUAAAUGUGACAUUAAGCAUCGUGGAGCAGUGUGGAGGGCCACAGCUUACCUUAUUCUCUGUUCUGGUCUCAAUAGGAAGCUAAUCCAUGCAGUUUCAUCAUCGCAGGUUGAACUGUUCACGGAAUCCACGGUGACAACGGCAAUUGAGUGCUGGCAGUGGAUUGUUACAGCACGGCAGGAUUUGGAGUUGUGCCUGAUUCAGGAGAUGAUAAGUGCGUGGCAGGCAACAUUUGAGAAGCGUUUGGGGAUUUUUGCGAAGGAGGAGGAUACAAUGAGUCCCAUGGUGAUGAGUGAUGCUUCGGAUGUUGCGCCACCCAUCAAUGUGGCGCCUCAUUCAAUUUGGCUGCAACUCCUGUCGGAGAUGGUGGAUACAGCUAAGUAUUGCAAUAAGGAUAAAGUGGAGAUGUUCUGCCUGCUACUGCAUCGAUGCUUGCCCAUUGGGACGCGUGAUAUGAGGCUUAAUCACAGCAUUGCAGCUGUUGGGUGUAGAUUUAAGCUUCUCCAGUGUGGAUUAUCCCUUCUUCAGGGGAAUACCAUUGCAAAAUCAAUGGGGAGGAAUAUUCUACGGGAGAGAAUCUACAGCUAUGCCCUUGACUACUUCUGUGGCCCACAGAUUCCACCAACGCAAUCCCGGAAGGUGCUGUAUGAGGACAUAAUGGUCCUCCUGAAGUUCUGGCAGACAAUGCGGAGUGAGAAGAAGUAUUUGGUGUCGUCAGAGCUGGCGGAUCUCGAUACAACGGGGCAAUUCCCAACAACAUCCAGCUCAACGCGUCCCCUGAGUGAGGUUUCCGUGGCUGGGAGUGAUUUGGCGAAGAGUAAUAGCACCGGGACGGGUGGGUGGUACAACACAAUCCCGCAUUCAACGUCAACACUCUCGAAGAAGUCAACACGCAGCAAGAGGGGCCCCUUUCAGAUUGACGACACCAAUAAGGAGUACAUGAAGAAGAGGAAUCUCAUAAUGGACCUCUUGGCGUUGGAAAUUGAAUUCCUCAUCACGUGGUACAAUCCCACACAGGCACUGGAUCUCACCAUUCCCGGGGAAUCCCUCAUCACGGAAUGGCGUGCUCGUCCGACAAAGCUUCACAUCUGGCGGGAUCACGCACGUGUUGCAUGGGCACACAAUCCAGCACUUGGUGUCUACCUCAUUCAGCGCAUCCGGAAUGAUGAGAAUGUUAUGGAUGAAAUCUCCCGGCUGGUGUGCUUGGAUCCCAUCCAAGUGGCGCAUCUGCCGGAAGCCAUUAAAUUCCUCGUGACAACCAAGACACUCCUCAGUGAGGUUCCAGAAUUGGUGUACGUGCUAUCGUGGAGUCGUGUUGGGCCCAUUCAGGCGAUUUCCUACUUCUCCCGCCAAUUUCCGCUGCACCCUCUCUCUGCGCAGUACGCCAUUAAGUCCCUAAACUCUUGCCCAGCAAAUUCAAUCCUUCCCUACAUUCCGCAACUUGUUCAGGCACUUCGCUACGACACUAUGGGCUACAUUGCAGAAUUCAUAAAGCACAUCUCAAAGAGGUCCCAAAUUGUGGCUCAUCAGCUCAUUUGGAAUAUGCAGACUAACAUGUACGUGGAUGAGGAUCAACAUCACAAAGACACUCUGUACGAUACAUUGGAUGCUCUAACGCAGAACAUCAUAAACUCCUUCUCGGGACCUGCUAAGAGCUUCUAUGAGCGCGAAUUUAAUUUCUUCAGCAAAAUUACGGCUGUUAGUGGGGAUAUUCGGGGAUUCCCGAAGGGUGCGGCUAGGAAGAAGGCCUGUUUGGAGGCGCUGAGUAAGAUUAAGGUGCAAGCUGGAUGCUACUUGCCUUCGAAUCCCGAAGCAAUGGUCUUGGAUAUUGACUACAAUAGCGGUACGCCGAUGCAGAGUGCCGCCAAGGCGCCGUAUUUGGCACGUUUUCGUGUCCUUCCGUGUGGAAUUUCUGAGUUUGAGUCAAUGGUGAUGGAGGAUCAGGGUAAGAGUAUUGGGUUGACGCAGCAGGAGAAGACGUCGAAUGUGUGGAAGGCGGCUAUUUUCAAGGUUGGCGAUGAUGUGCGCCAGGAUAUGCUGGCGUUGCAAGUUAUAACGAUCUUCAAGAAUAUGUUCCGGAAAGUUGGUUUGGAUCUCUUCCUCUUCCCGUAUCGUGUUGUGGCCACAGCUCCUGGGUGUGGGGUGAUUGAGUGCGUCCCAAAUGCAAAAUCACGCGAUCAAUUGGGCAGACAGACGGAUUCGGGGCUCUAUGAGUACUUCCUGCAUCAGUAUGGGGAUGAAACAGGACGUGAUUUCCAGAUGGCGCGAAGUAACUUUGUCAAAUCAAUGGCAGCUUACUCCGUGAUAGGGUACCUCCUGCAGAUUAAGGAUCGUCACAAUGGGAACAUUAUGAUUGACACAGAUGGACACAUUAUUCACAUUGACUUUGGCUUUAUGUUUGAAUCCUCCCCCGGGGGGAAUAUUGGCUUUGAGCCCGACAUGAAGAUCACCGAUGAGAUGGUGAUGGUGAUGGGUGGGAAAAUGGAUGCAGCCGCAUUCAAGUGGUUCUGUGAACUCUGUGUUCAAUCCUUCCUGGCUGUACGUCCAUACCAGGAUGCCAUUGUCUCCCUCGUGUCACUCAUGCUGGACACAGGACUGCCAUGCUUCCGGGGACAAACAAUUAAUCUCCUAAAACAGAGAUUUGUUCCGAAUAAGAGUAACAAAGAGGCAGCAGCACAUAUGCUUGGCAUUAUUCGGAAUUCCUACCAGAAUUUCCGUACUCGCACCUACGACAUGAUCCAAUACUACCAGAAUCAGAUACCCUACUAAGUGAGGGAGGGCAAAGGACACCGGAGGAAAGAAAAGGACAUCGAGGUAAGAUUACAUACCCUCACAGCAUUAUUACCUAUAUUUCAUUUCAUUAUGUGAUUAUACUAUAAAAAAAUCAAUGAACUAUGUAUUUAUGUGGUUGGCUCCUAUAGAGAAAAUAUAAAUGUCUGUUAAAUGGUUUAAAAAAAAUCUUUUGAAACAAAAUUGCCGGAAAUUGCACCUUCAAUGGAUUUUUCAACUGCAGCGUUUCCAAAGUAAAAUCAUUUGG